UAUAAAAAGCUACGAUAAGGUAAUUAAGGAUUGUAUAUAAAUAUGCAAUAGGAUAGGUGGUUGGUGCAGACGUGCAGUGCAGCACAGAACGACCGUCGCUUGUUUUGCAUCAAAACUACUACUCGUUUCUCAAGAUCAAAGCAGCAUCGAGAUGGCUUCAGAACAACAAGCAAUAGCAAAAAGUGAUGAAGUACAGCAUAAACAAAUUAUGCAGGAGUUGGUAGACAAUGCAAAGAGUCUUGCUAUGUCAUCCAAAAGUAACAUUGCUGCUGCUAAUCAAGGACAAUACACUGUUAUCACCAUAAAAAACACCACAUCUGCAACACUUAAUUACUACACGAAGCACGAUUGGUUUGGGCAUGUCCUUGGUUCAUAUCCUCAGUUUAUUAUGAAUAAUUCUUCAGCAUCAUUUAUACAUGUUGGAGACCCUGAACAUGGCUCUGAAGGCGCUGUGGUGUAUUCUGGCAAAAACAAAAAUGGAAUACCUAUUGGAUGGCUUUUGGCUUGGGAUGCAACUCCAAACUUACCUGAAAAGAAGGUAUAUGUUGAAUGUGGCCCUUUCUCUAAGUAUGUUAAUAUAGAUUGGUCUGCUCUCAAAGCUAAGCUCGAAGCAGCAGACAUCAUCGGUACAUACAUGGACCCAGUUACAAAGACCGUCAUUGCUGCCCAAAUUGUUAAUCUUGGCAACUACGUUGGGGUUGGUGCAACUAUUGGAGAUGUGUAAUCAGCCAUUACUAGCUACAUGGAUACAGAGUUAAGGGUCACCAGUAAUUAACGUGCAUGUGCGGCUAUAUAUACCAAUUAUCCGUGCAUCAUGGUGAUUAUAUAUAUUAGUAGUUGAAUAAUGACCCUCAUAUCUAUAAACUCAUUUGUAUCCAAUGCCUCAUUUGUAUCAUCACUGAUAUAAUGGUUAUAAUAUAUUAAUAAUAUGGGUUGUCUAUCUAUUUAUAUA